GCUUCCUGCCAAGCAGGGAACCCGAUGCGGGACCCUGGGAUCGUGACCUGAGCCGAAGGCAGACGCUUAAUGACUGAGCCACCAGGCGCCCCCGGCCUGAGCUCCUUGAGGACGGCUCUCAGCACAGAGGAGAUGCCUAAUGAAAACUAAAACCCACGACUGAAAAUAAGUUGAAUCACACGCUGAUGAAAUGUGGAAUGUGGAACGUGAAGGGUCUCCCUUGAUUUCCAAGUUCACCGCUGUGAACAUUGCAUAUGCUGUCAACGCAGAAACACCUAGAAGGUGCACGGGCCGUGAAGAAGGGCAGAGCGGGAGCAGGUGGAGUGACCUUUCUCGGCAUUUGCAUGGAGUGUGAGAUUGGCGCGGGGACGCGGACUGUGCCAUGGGCAGGACACGAGGUAACAGCCAGCACUGAGCCUCUGUGUGAGGUCAUUACUAGCAGGUGACCCUCCCCGUGCUGUGUGCUUAUGUAGCCGCCGUGUCCUCAGCUGGAACUUGGCAAACAUCACCUUCGAGUGUGUGGGCAAGGCCCAGCUGUGUGUGUGUUGGGCCCUCCCGGGGCGCUGCAGGUUUCGGGGCACAGGACCCCCCCCAGCUGCCUCCUCACCCCGCCGUGACCCUGCCUGAGCCCCAGAGCCAAGGGCGCUGGGGGAGAACGGCUGGUCUCUCUGGAUGUUUCUCUUGCAGGGAAACAAAAAGAAGGAAUAGAGAAGCAACUGGGGCCAGCCUCCACCGGCAAAGGAGAUCAGUCAUUGGAUUUCACUCCCAUCCUAAAUCUUGGAAGACUUCAUCUCGAGAUCUUUGACUAAGUCCCUCUGCAAAGACCCUCUUUCCCACUGGCCCAAGAAGCACAGCAGAGGUGCUCAAGACCUGGUGAUCUCAUUCCACAGUCAUGUCCAAAUCUGUGUCCCAAGCUCUGAUUCUGCCCCAGGCACCAUUUCCAAAGGCCUCUGGAGCCCCGCUGCUGGUGUGCCACCAAAUGUCCCUAUGCUCCUGCAUCUGCCAGGCUCCCUUACAGCACCUCAGGCAGAAUGAAUUCUCCCUUCUUCCUUCCGCCGUACUCAGCACAUAUUUCCAUAAUAACCUGCAUUCUCCAGGGCGCUCGUGGCGGUGGGAAACUGAGGCCGAGUGCACACGGCUGCCAGAGACAGAGGCACAUACUUGCUGGGGACUUAGCACUGCCGUCUGGUCCCCUGCCCACCAGCGUCAGUGGUUACUGCUCAGCCCCCCUGGGCCUCUCCCUUCAAAUGAAGAUACUCCUCACCCCAGCCGGGCGCUUGGGGGAUGGCGGAAGACUUCCGAGGGGAUGGUCGUGGACCAUCACCUCAGAGACGUGCGUCACACAGACGGACCUAUGGCAGGUCAUUCUGUUACUCUCCCACGUGACGACCUUCCAUCAGCGCGGUCCAGGUGCGCUUCUGAGCUCUGUAGAGACACUCCUCCCCCUGCUAGACAGCCUGGGACUUGGGCUGUGACUGUUCUCAGUGGAUGUGGGGAGACUGAGGCACAAAGACACUCGGUGACUUAUGCAGGGAGUCAGCCUUCAGGCCCCAGCCUGACCCCCACUGUGAGCUCAUCGCCCCCCAGCACCCACCUGUUACAGACCGAGGUCUUCAGCCUGGAGGGCGAGUCUGAGGAGAAGCAGGGCCCACCAGAGCUGACUAUGCCCCUCCCCUCCCCCACGUCCCUCACAGAUGUGUACUGGGCCCCUCCUGGGCCACGCCCUCUGCAUUUGGCCUCCACGCAGAGACUCUGGGCCCCUACCCUCUUUCCCAGCUCCCAGGAAUCCCCAGGGACCGUUUCUGGUGUUGUAUGUCCCUCUUAGGUCCAGCCCUCCUCUCCUCUGCCCUGCCUGCUGGAGUGACCAAAGCGGGCUCUGGCCCCUGCAGACUGAUGGGGAAUCCCUUCUCCCAGGGUCCACAGGGGCCAUUUUCCAGGGUCUUCCCUGAUGAUCAAGUACCAGAAAGCUCUAAGGAGCUGAGGGCUCACUUCUCAGCAGCUGGCCUGCGCUGGUCAGAGCCAGUCACUGUCCCGCUCCCUGUCCCCAUAGUGCUUUAUGUAUGUACACAGGUGGGGAGCAGUGGGGCUUGGGGCUGGCCCCCUGGCCUGUGCCUACCUGCCACGGGGGAUGGGGGGGGGCAUUGUCAUUCUGGGAACCCUAGUCUCAGUGGAUGUCAGUGGAGAUGAUAAUCAGCCCAGCCCCGUCCCAGCCUCCCAGGGUUGGGGAAAGAUUGAUGCACGCGGAAGGUGAGGCAGAGAGGAGGGUGCCCCCGGCCUACCCCUCCCAUUGCUGCGGACGGAACCCUGGCGAGCCCCUUUUCCUUUUUAUGCUGUGCCUCUGUUUCUUCUUCCAGGAAAAGGACAUGAUGAUGAAGCCCAUCCUCCGGUCAGCUUGGGGGCCCGCACUUUGCAAAGUCACUGGGGCAGAGCUGGUGUGACACCAGCCGCUGCUGGGGAAGUGUCCCCAACAUGGGCCACACUGAGGUGUCAUUGACCUGCCUGCCCCCAUCACUACGGCUGACUUCCCAGAGGCCAGUCCCAGGUCAUCCCUCAGACCCCGGCACCACACGAGAUGCUCUUGGGACCAGGAAGCCCCCCAGUCGUCACUGCCCUGCCCCCCACCCCCAGCCUGCACUCUGGCUCCCUGGAGCUCUGUGUCCAUGUCCUCACCUGUCCCCGACUCUGCCUUCCCCCAGGUCAUCACUCAUGCCGGUCCUUCUGCCGGGAGCCCUCUUCCACUCCCUCCACCUGUUUACCUACCCAAAGAUUGAUUUGUUCCCUGCUGUCUCCCCGGAGCCUCGAGCUUGGCACGUGAUGAGCUUGGCAUGUGAUGGGGCUCCACGGACACCCGGUGAAAGGAAGGGGGACACGAGCCUGUCACACUGCAUCAGCCGUGUGAGGUCUGCGACUGGGGGCAGCGGUUGCCAUCCCCGUCCCUCCCAGGAGCCAGCCUCCAGCUUGGCCGGCCUCUCAUACAUGCAGGGCUGGGCUGGCCCGUGGCUACAGGGUUGCAGGCCAGAGGAAUCCCUGCCCCCACCAAGAAGUGACCACACCCCACCGUCCCUUAGAGUGUCUCAUCCCCAGAGUGGCCACCGCCUUCCACCUUGUCUCUCCAUCCCUCUACGGAUCAGAGCAGCCAGACCACCAUCUCCCUGUGGGGCCUUUUCUUCCUUCUCCAUCUAGACACAUUUCUCUCUGGCCUCCGGGUCACACUUCUGCCCCUGGCCCCAAUGCAUGUCCUGAGCAACCUCCCCCCCCAAUUUGGCACCUUCCCCAUGGCAACCGGAUAAUGUCCCGCAAGCUGUCCCCUCCAACCCCUUGUCAUUUGCUGGAAGGCAUUAGGAGACGUCUCUGCAAGGCAUCACAGCCCCCCACCCUACACCUGGCAGCUUCCUACCACCCCCACGCGGCAGUUAACCCUUGGCCCCCACCCCUGGUGGCUUUCCCCCAACAUCUGGCAGCACCCCCACAGCUCUCCCCACAGCCCCCCCUUCCUAACCUGGCAGCUUCCCCAGCCCCCCCACCCCUGUGCCUUACUGUCCUCACCUGGCAACCCCCCGUGCACCUGGCAGCGCCCCUACAUCUGGCAGCGCCCCACCCCCACCCAGCUGUUUCCCACCCCCCACUAAGCAGGUGCAA